AUUGUCGAUAUGAAAAAAAUUUGUGGGACCAGAUGCUCUCUCCACCACUCGUCAGUCUCUAUCCAAAACACUAGCUACCAUCCUCUCUUACACUGCAAUGCUAUCUCUUUGAUUCCCCAUUGAAAGUUUCAAUUGAGAAACCUCUACUAGAGUCCUCUACUACACACAACUUCUAAACCAUGGCUGGAACCAGUGCGAUCGAGCCAUCAUGGCCUGAAUUGCUAGGCAGCAACCAAUGGGAAGGUCUACUUGACCCUCUCGACCUCAACCUCCGUCAACUCGUCCUCCGUUGCGGUGACUUUUGCCAGGCCACCUACGACGCCUUCAACAACGACGAGCACUCCAAGUACACCGGAAGUAGCCGCUACGGCAAGCGCAACUUCUUCCACAAGGUAGAACUCGAAUCCGCCUCGAAUUAUGAUGUUUUUAGCUUUAUCUACGCCACGGCCGCUAUCGACGUGCCCGAAGCAUUCCUGCUCCACUCCCUAUCACGGGAAGCGUGGAGCCGUGAAUCGAAUUGGAUGGGUUACGUUGCCGUGUCCACAGACGAAGCGAGCCGAGCAUCAGGGCGGCGUGAGAUCUAUGUCGUAUGGCGAGGCACCACGAGGGACCUUGAGUGGAUCAACGUCCUAGAUCCAAAGCUCGUAUCAAUUGAGCCAUUGCUAGCCAAGAAAGAUCAACAGCAACAAUCCCAUUGGUACGAUCAUCUACUGGGCCACAGCAGCAGCAGCGACGACGAAGAUGGCCCUAAGGUCAUGAAAGGUUGGUAUACCAUCUACACCUCUGAUGACCCCAAAUCCUCCUUCACUAAAUUGAGUGCUAGAGACCAACUUCUAGCUAAAAUCAAGGAAUUGGUAGAUUUGUAUAAAGAUGAGGACCUUAGUAUAACAUUGGUGGGCCACAGUCUAGGAGCUUGCUUAGCUAUUCUUAGCGCAUUUGAUAUCGUUGAAAAUGGGCUGUCUAAGGUAGGAGACAAACCCGAAUUCCCGGUCUGCGCAAUUGUUUUCGGGUCCCCACAAGUCGGUAAUAAGGCCUUCAAUGAGAGGUUGAAGAAAUUGCCUAGCCUCAGAGUCUUGCAUGUGGUGAACGAGAUAGAUCUCAUCCCACACUACCCAAGUGGGCUUUUGAGCUACACCGACACAGGUGUGAAGUUGGUCAUCGACACCCGUAAAUCGUCCUACUUGAAAGACUCAAAGAAUCCAAGCGAUUGGCACAACCUUCAGGGUAUGUUACAUAUUGUUGCUGGAUGGAAUGGGAAGGAUGGAGAGUUCGAGUUGAAGGUGAAACGGAGCAUUGCGCUUGUUAACAAGUCAUCGGAAUUCCUUACGGAUGAGUGCUUGGUCCCAGGGUCGUGGUGGGUGGAGAAGAACAAGAGCAUGGUUUUGGGGGAAGAUGGAGAGUGGCGGUUGUCGUCGCCGUUAGAAGAUGAUAUCCCUGUUCCUGAAUUUUAAUAGGUGAGGAAAAUGAAGGUAGGUGUUCUGUUCCUUGUAUUUAUUUCUAAGACUUACCCAUGUGGUAAUGGUGUGAGCCUGCCAUUGCAAGUACUGUAGGUUGGGUGCCUAUUAUGUGUUUGAUCAAGGUUUCGAGUUUUGUUUAGAACAAAUAAGAGCAUUUAAAUGGCAGGGGUACUCACCCAAUGGUUGGAUUACCUUCA